AUGCGCUCCCUCUGCAGCUUCGCACGAACUGCUGCUCAACUCUGGAGACCCACGACACGGAUUCCCGUACGACAGCAUAGGCAGAUACUACGCGACUUCACUGCAACUGCAAAUCUCCAGAAAUACCAGGCGCCCAAGUUCCAGCAGAAGCAGAAGGAUCCAGUCAUGGCGACGACUACGCUGAAGGGUCAGCCCUUUGACAGACAAACUAUGGACUCCAUGCUGCGCCGGCGCAUGUUCUAUACUCCGUCCUUCGAGAUAUAUGGCGGUGUUGCUGGGCUGUACGAUUAUGGUCCUCCCGGUUGUGCGCUUCUCACAAACAUCAUGGACAUAUGGCGCAAGCACUUCGUCCUGGAGGAGGAUAUGUUGGAGGUGGACUGCACGGCCUUGACCCCCGAGACGGUCCUCAAGACGAGUGGCCAUGUUGAAAAGUUCGCCGAUUGGAUGUGCAAGGACCCGAAGAACGGUGAUAUUAUCCGAGCAGAUCACUUCGUUGAAGAGAUUCUCGAGUCGCGGCUGAAGGGUGACAAGGAGGCGCGUGGUGUGAAGAUUGUGGACAAGGAGGAGGACCCCAAGAAGAAGAAAAAGAAGGUCAAGGGGGCUACGGAGGCUAUCAAACUGGACGAUGCCGUUGUGAAAGAGUACGAAGAGAUCCUGGCAAAGAUUGACAAUUACAGUGGCGAGGAAUUGGGCGAGUUGAUCAAAAAAUACGAGAUGAAGAACCCCGCCACUGGUGUUGAACCAUCACCACCUGUGGCCUUCAACCUUAUGUUCCAAACUGCCAUCGGUCCCAGCGGAAACCUCCAGGGCUACCUCCGACCCGAAACCGCCCAAGGCCAAUUUCUCAACUUCGCUAAACUCCUGGACUUCAAUCAACAACAAAUGCCAUUUGCCUCUGCUUCCGUGGGCAAGUCUUACAGAAACGAGAUCUCGCCGCGAGCUGGCCUGCUCCGUGUUCGUGAGUUCUUGAUGGCUGAAAUUGAGCAUUACGUUGAUCCCGAGGGUGGCAAGAAGCAUCACCGUUUCGAUGAGGUCAAGGAUGUUGAGCUUAUCCUUUUAAACAAAGAGACUCAACUCUCCGGCAAGACACACGUUGAGAAGGUUGCGAUUGGCAAGGCUGUUGCUGACGGUACCGUUGACAAUGAGACAUUAGGUUACUUCUUGGCUCGGAUCCAUUUGUUCUUGGAGAAGAUCGGUGUCGAUCAGUCCAAGAUCAGAUUCAGACAGCAUAUGGCAAAUGAGAUGGCUCAUUAUGCUACUGAUUGCUGGGAUGCUGAGUUGCUAACUAGCUACGGCUGGAUUGAGUGUGUUGGUUGCGCCGACAGAAGUGCCUACGAUCUGACAGUACACGCCAAGAAGACCGGUGCCCCAUUAAUGGUUCGUGAGCGUUUGGCUGAGCCUCUCACUAUUGAGGAGUGGCAGAUCGACUUGGACAAGAAGAAGUUCGGUCCAUUCUUCAAGAAAGACGGCAAGACUGUCGAAGCUGCUAUAGAGGCUCUCCCACAAGAUAAGCGGGAGGCCCUUGCUCAAGAUCUCAAGCUCGAUGGCAAGAUCACCAUCGACGUUGAAGGUGUUGGCAAUGGAAAGGUCGAGAUUAGCAAGGAUUUGAUUGUCAUUGAACGUCGAACCCGAACCGAGAAUACAAGAGAAUUUACACCGAAUGUCAUCGAGCCUUCGUUCGGUAUUGGUCGUAUUAUUUACUCUCUGAUCGAGCACAACUACUGGACCCGUGGCACCGACGGCGGUGAUGAAGCACGUGGUGUCCUCUCUUUCCCCCCACCCGUAGCCCCCACAAAAGUCCUCCUGGUCCCCCUCUCCAGCCACGAAUCUUUCAAGCCUCUCCUGAAAUACAUGUCCUUGAAGCUGCGCUCCCUCGGCGUCUCCAGCCGCGUCGACGACUCCUCCGCCUCGAUCGGCAAGCGCUACUCGCGCAACGACGAGCUCGGGACCCCGCUCGGCAUCACCAUUGACUUCCAGAGCGUCAAGGACAAGACGUACACGCUGCGAGAUCGGGACUCGACCAAGCAGGUCCGAGCUGACGAGGAGACGAUCCUGAAGGCAAUCAAGGCGCUGGUCGAGGGUGAGAAGAAGUGGGCGGAUGUGGAGAAGGAGCUGCCUGCUUUCGAGGGCCAGGAUGUCGAGAGCGAUCUGCCAGUUCGGGAUGAGAAGUAG